AUGAGGUUGCCUACUGAAAAGUAUAGAAAUUUACUUAGUUAUAAUUUUCAAGUAUUUUCAAGAGAAUUUCAUCAUGUAUGGAAAUUAGCUAAAGGGUAUUUGGAGCGUUUAUUCACAGUAAUAUUAGAAGCAUAUGAUUUAGUUAAUCAAAAUGAAAAAUAUUUAAUUGAUCGAGCUAUACAUCGUGGUCUAUUACGUCCAUUAAUUUCUUCUACAAAACAAUCUACAGAUUGGCAUCAAGUUACUAUAUCAACACAAUAUUCCGGUUAUACAUUUUGUAUACAAUUAACAUGUGAACUAAAUCAUUAUGGUAAUGAUUGUACAAAAGUAUGUCAAACAAAUGAUAAUCAUACAAAAUUUAAAUGUGAUGCAAAUGGUGAUAAAAUAUGUGAACCUGGUUGGAGUGGAACUGAAUGCGAUAAAGCAAUAUGCAAUAUUGGUUGUCAUCCAGUUCAUGGAACUUGUUCAAGACCAGGAGAAUGCGAGUAA